AUGAAUUGUAAAAUUAUAGGCGCCUUCUUCAAGAGUACCGAGAUGUAUUUUCAUGAGGCUAUCAAGUCAAUGUCAUUGUGUGAAGUAGGCUCCACGAAGGUUUCAACCAAUAGGUUCCACGACGGUUUCGACCAGAGCUACAGCAUUGUCCUUGUAAAAAAGAAGAAUGGUCAAAUACGUAUCUGCAUAGAUUUCAGAGAUCUUAAUAAUGCAUGUCCGAAAGAUGAAUUCCCUCUCCCGAUUACCGAAUUAUUGGUGGAUGCAACGACUGGAUUUGGGGCAUUAUCUUUCAUGGAUGGGUUUUCAAGAUAUAACCAAAUCAAAAUGGCACCUGAAGAUGAAGAGCUUACUGCAUUUCGAACCCAAAAGAGGUUUAUUGUUAUACUGUGA